CGGGCAGAGAAAGUUGAAUUCCAAAAUGGUUGCAGAGGUUGUUGUUGUACUGUUGCCUGUUGUCAUGUCCCCCCAGUGCCUGUAGUAGUGCUGUAAGAAGCCUCGGUCCGCUGACAAAACCAACACCCUCUUCCCGAUCUAUAACGGCUACUUUAGCGAAAUAACAGGCGCUGAAAUGCCUGCAGCUCUCGGGCAAAAUACACACGCGUGAGCGGAAUUAGAAGCACCGCAGGGCGAACGCGGGGAAGCGGAGCGGGAAUAACCCGGUUUAGUCUAAUCGCCGUCGACCGCAGGAAAACCGCCACUUAUCCAGCCAAUGCUAACUGGCUAAGCUACACUCGGAAGCGCUGUGGCUCGCCAAGCACCGGGACUCGGCGAGAGCGGGAGGCCGCAUAGCGCGCGAGGCAGAGCGGGUUGCUCGCAACCCGACUCGGAGGAUUUCGAGGGUCUCGUAGGCCGACGCUGAUGUUCCGGAGAGUUCCAGCACUGGGAUGUAUGAAGGGAAACACAUCCACUAUUCAGAGGUGGACCGCAAGCCUCUGUGUUCAUACAGCCCAAAGCUCUGCAAACAGCGCCGGCUCAAUGGCUAUGCUUUCUGCAUCCGGCAUGUUCUGGAGGACCGGACGGCUCCUUUCAGACAGUGUGAAUAUGUAGCCAAGUACAACAGUCAGCGAUGCACUACCCCCAUCCCCAAGACUCAGGACCGCAAAUAUUGCAGCAGCCACCUGCAAGUCAUGGGUGUCCUGCCUAAGAAAGAGAGGAAGAAAAAGCAUGAUACUCUUGACUCUUUGGCCCUCAACAUCACUGUGCCCUCAUUGGCUUUGAAGGCCACCAAUGGCCUUGACCACUUGACCCCAUCCUCACCCUUCUCCCACACUUGCCUGCUGCCCUUGGACCCCUACGCCUACUGCAAGGGAGAGACGGUGAGGAAAGAGAGCAUUAGCUUGGGGAAGAAACCUCCAAGCCGCCUGUCUCCGAACCACAAACAGAGACAUGUGGCUCCAGCUAUUGCCCCACUGUCCUCUUCCCCCCGAUGUCCUACUACUUCUUCUCAGCAGGCUGAAGGACCCAUGCAGGUUUCUACAGCUACCACCUCGCCUCCAACACCCAUGUCACAACUCCUCAGAAGUUCUUCAGGGACAUUAUGCACAACAUCUGCUCAGACUGAUCACCAGAUCUUGGCAAAACCAACCAAUCCCAUUCCAGAGAUGUGCCAGGAGCCUGCCCUUGACAAGAGGGUUCUAUCAACUCAGCCAGGCAAGAAUGACGUCCACGGUCACCCAGUUAUGAGGCCGUCAAAUCCCAGACAGCAUCAGGCUCCCUUUUUGGUGCAGCUCCAGAGGCUCAUGGCUCAGCAGAGAAGAAGGCACGAGGAUCUGAAUCCACAUUUUGGGCUGGACUGGUCUGAAGAGAGUGGAGGAGAGGAAGAUGACCAGGUUGAACAAGUUGUGUCAUAUCAGCACCAUCACUUACAGGAGAAACGGUCUCUGGAGAGUGCUGGAGGUGGAGGUUCACGUGGAGAGCGACUGGCAGGGUUGUGCUCCUAUCUGAGGCAAAGACACAAGCUCCUGCGGAGGGAGGAGAGGGGUUUAAGGAGAGAGAGGAGGUCAGGGCAUGAUCUUCGCAAAGCUCUUCUGCAGGCAGCGUCACAGGACCCCACCCACGCUGCUCAACUCAUUCAGCAGCGGCAUACCCCGGUUUCAGCAACAGCCAGUACUGCAGGUUCAUGGGUAGGAGGCUCAGACUCAGGAUUGUGUGUGGCCCAGAUUAAUGGUCAAGCCUGCACUAACUGCUCCCUGCCUUUCACCAGACACUGCUUCCAACAUAUCCUGCAGAACAGGUCCCAGCAGCUGUUCUCUAGCUGCACUGCACGUUUUGCGGAUGGGGCACAAUGUUCUGUCCCUGUGUUUGACAUCACGCACCAGACGCCGCUAUGCGAGGAACAUGCCAAGAAAAUGGAUAACUUCCUUCGCGGAGAUGUCAGUCGCAGAACGUACCAUCACCAGCAGCAGCUGCAGCAGCGCAGACGGCUGAAGAAGGCCAAACUUCCGGCACUCGGCAAAAAACAGAAAAAGAAAAGCAGAAGAGGAGUGAUACGCCGGCCUCAGAAGCCUAUCCCCCCUGCAUUGCCCCAGGGCAACCUAGGAAUGCCCUCCAUCCUGUGCCAACCGGCACAGCCUGGUGGCAUCAGCAGGAGUCCACUGACUCCUGACUUGAGUGCUGAUGAACUUCCAGAUGACCUCACUAGUGACAUCAGCGACAUUCCUCAUGACCUGGAACUGAAUCAGGAAGACUUCUCAGACGUUCUUCCCAGAUUCCCGGACGACCUGCAAGACUUUGAUCUGUUUGAAGGUAAGACAAGUGAACUGUUGCCUACUUCUGAGGAAGCCGAGGAGCUGGAGCGAGUACUACAGGCAAUGGGCUCCUACCCAGAAUCCCUUGCAUGUCUGAGUGGCAUGGCUGAUCUAGGCCCAGUGGAGGGUUCAGAUUGUCGUGGAAUGGAGGGCGGUGUUGUGGACCUGCUUAGCGCCCGUCUGUCCGCUGAGACCCUCUCCAACUUGGAGCUGGACCCUAGCCUGCUGCGUGCCACAGAAGACACCUUUUCCCCAUCUCCUCCCUCGCCCCAGCCCCCGCUGACCCCCCCAUCCUCAGUGGGCCACUUGACAGAUGCCCUAAGUACGCACAGACAGCACUCCAGUCUCCUGGCUAAGACUGGCGACCCCAAAGAGGACCUUGGGAACCUGUCCUUAGGCCGGGACGAGGACAUCUCCCACGGCUCCUGGGGGGUUCUCGCCCUGCCCCUCAGCGACUCGGCCCAGUUCCACAAUCUUAUUGCUUCGGACGGUCUGCUCAUGUCCACCGCCCUCUCCACACCCCUUACACCUAUGCCUUCAGCCCCAUGCCAGCCCACUGCACUUUCUGCCCUGCCAGAAAGCAGCCUAACCACUUCCUCUUCCUCUUCCUCACCCCGAGCAGACCUCCUGUGCCCCAGUCAGCUGAAGCACCCCCUUCCCCCUCUGUUCAACCACUGCGGGAUCCCUGCCGACCUGCAGCCUCACCACAGUGCUCCAGCACCUACUAUGGACCAGACCUGAAUUCCACGUGCACACUCGUGGACAUCUGUCAGUAUUCAGGGAGGGUUUUUUUUUUUUAAAUAACUGUCACAGGUUCUUCUAUUUGGCUUCUCUGUCUCCCUUUCCCCUUUUUUUCCGUUCUCUGACAACCCCAAAGCAAUAAAAAACCCACGAGCAUAGUAUAGUCACUUUUAUUUUCUAUGACAAACAGAUAUAGAUGGAUUUUAGCCAUGGAAGCAUACCACUUGUAUUCUUAUAUGCAUAUUUAAUAUAUUUAUAGAGUAGUGAUCUGCACAACUAGUUUUAUCGAUGAGUGGAAAAAAAAACAUGGUUACUGGUGGAAAUGUGGUUACUUAUCUAGAAAUACGAUGUGGUUAUGUCAUCUGCGUAUCAGACUGAGAGAAAGACAUCACGGAUGUAUCGGUUGUCCCUUCUCUUGCCCUGUAACGAUUGAAAUGGUCAUUUUGGCAGGUGGUGUUUGUGUGUUUGGUGGCCGUUCGGCAGUUGGGUUCUGCUUUUAGUGCGAGUGCCAGGAAAGCUAUGUAACACUUUCAUAAUCAAUGUAGUGCAAAUCAAUAAACAUUUACACACGCCGGUGUCAUGUAAAGAAAAGCUAUACUUAAAGUCUCACGGUCAUCAAUGUCACAUGCUGUAUAUGUAAUGUAACACUGAUGUCAAGAAUCCAUAGGUUUCUUUUUUUCGUCUUUCGGCAUAAGCUUUCAUGUUUGAGAUGGAGUUACUUUAGACGUGGCUUGUCGUCUGGGAAAGUGUCAUGCAGCUCAUGGAAGGCCAUUAAACUAACACGGUAGCAGUUGUGGCAGAAGCAGGCAUGCUCAGACAGGCUCUCAAAGCUUUUUGUGAGGGCAGUUUUGACGCCUCAUCCUCAAGCAACACCACACCUAUCUCCGAUUCACACGUUAGAAGAAUAUGUUUUCAGUAAAAGGCAGUUUUUGGAGCCUAAAGAGGACAAUGAAACAUAGAUGUAUAGGAGAAAGACAAGCCUGUUAAUGUAUGAGAUGAUGCUUUUGAUCAGCGUGCGUAACAGUAAUGGUAUUCAGAUGCAGAUAGAGAAGCUGGCAUAGAUUUCUUUUUGUACUUGUAUUCACUGAAUGUACUGAACCAAGAUUUAUUAUAACCUAAACAAUUUUAUCAGUCCCCUCUGCUUUGUGAAAGGUAUUUCUAUUGUAUUGACAUGUUUACUUUUUUGUUACUAAAGUGUGUGGAUGUGGGUAUGUGGUAAACACACAUGUAUGAGAAAUGAUCGUUUUUUUUUUUUUGUUGUUGUUUUGUUUUAUCUGAAAUGCGUGAAUUAAAUCUGCUAUGAUCAUGAA